CUACAGCUACGUGAUAUGUUUGUUUUAGAUAAAACGAAUUGCUCUACAGCGUCAAGAGCAUCUUCGCUUACAAUUCAUGGCUGAAAUCGCAACCUUUAAUCCGCACCAUUUGGUUUUCUUGGACGAAACAGGCAUUGACAAGCGCAUUUCCCGACAAUUUGGAUAUAGUGUUCGAGGUACAGCUCCAGUUGUCAGAGACUACAGUUACUCUCAGUGGGGACCCCAUUUUACAGUCAUUUCUGCCAUAUCUAGUGAAGGGCUAGUUGCGAAUUACAUCUUGCCGAUUGAGCAGCGAUUCAAUGAGGAGGCUUUUAAUGAAUUUCUGGAUCACUGCCUUCUUCCGCUAAUGAACGUGUACAAUGGGGUUAACACGCGUUCAGUCAUUGUCAUGGAUAACCAUGCAGUUCAUCAUGUUAGAGAUGUUAUAGACCGCAUUUACAACUUUGGAGCGCUAGUUCGUUUUUCGCCACCUUAUAGUCCGGAUUUAAAUCCGAUUGAAGAAGCUUUUGCGAAAGUUAAACAUCAUCUUCGUCUGAAUGAUGUCGUUCUGAAAUCUUUAGCAGAUCCUACUCCUCUUAUAUGGGAUGCUUUUGGACAGAUCACACAACAAGAUUGUGAAGGAUACAUGCGUCAUGCUGGUUAUUUGUAA